AUGUCAAACUCCAUAGUAGGGGCCCCAGCUCCUCCUCCAAUUCGUUCUUGUAUCCGCAAAAUCCCCCCAGAAGAGGGCAGGGUACUACUCUCACUGCUUGUCUCCACACGCAACAGCAACGGCCGUAAGUGUAAUAUCGACUUUGCCUGGCGCUCAGCCGUUAUUCACUGGAACCGCUGGCUCAUCUCCCGUAGUCUUCCUCCCGAUGGCACCGUCGAAUUUGCCCAGCGAUUUUUCAACGAGCAAUCGGAAAUCUUCUCACGAUACCUUAGCACAAGCCUUCCUACCACUUUCCCCUAUCGCCGCAUCUUUUGCGAAAUUAUGGAAAUCAAGCAUUCAGUUAUGUAUCUAUUUUCCCUCGACGAAGGCAUCGAACUUCUCAACAUUAUUAAACGUAACCUCUACGUUGUCGACAAUAGAAGAAACUACCUAUGGCCAAACAUUGUAGCGGAAUUCCGUGAUAAGAUGAUGGCUCUCGGCCGCGGCCCAAACUACGUGACCAAGGCCAAAAUUAAGCAUUAUUUUUCUGGAAAUUAUAAACGGUACCGAACAUAUCUUUCAACAGGUCGUCCAAGAUAUUUCCCAGAUGAGUUUAAAGAACUUUUUGGUGAAAUCUUUUACAAUAUUACUCUUCCAGAAACAAGAAGAAUUGUGCACAAAAAUAAGCAGUAUCUGGCAGCUCAAAAACGACAACUCACCAUAGAGGGACAAAUGACAUCAACAACCGAAAAUAGUAAUGAUGAAGAUGAAGAAGAUGAUGGUGAUGAAGAAGAAGAAGAAGCUGAAGAAGCUGAUGAUGACGACGACGAUGAUGAUUAUGAAGAAGAGGAAGAAGAAAAUAUGAGAGAUUCCCGGGCACUGAUACCUAUAAAUGCAUCUCGUAAUAAUACACAUCAUAAUACAAGACAAACACGGCUCAGAUUAUUAUGUUCAGCAUCAGCAUCAACUCAACCCCAGCACUCUACAGAUUCAAAUCAUCUUUCAGCAUCUUCUUCGUCACAUGUAAUCAUGCGACAAGAAACUUCGCAGCAUUCGCAUAGGCAUCCUAGAGCUUCCCAUGCACUCAUUCAACAGCAACAAAAACAACAACAACCCGAGCCGCCCCAAAAACUACGAGAGCGGCGACGACGACAGUUGGAAAGCCCUCCACUCUCAGCCACCUCCAACACUCGAGCAACUCGUAGACAUCAACCACAACAAGAGCGACAAGAGCAAAUGCAUCACCAUAAGCCAUACCAGCAGUUGGAUAAUGUACAAGAGCAACAGUCAGGGCAGUUGCUGUUGAAAUAUGGCAAUGAAAAGCAAUCCAAAUACCGAAGAAGACCGCUGGACGAUGACGAAAUUGUACUUGUGGCCGAGUCUGUGGUGCCGGACACUACAGAUGAGGGUACUAUAUAUGGUAAUGGGGUUGGAAAUGAAGAGUAUUCAAAUAGCAUGGUGCCCAUUAUUAUUUCCAGCUCAUCACCGGAGCCCCAAUGCCAUAGUGAAGAUGAUCGGGAAGAAGAGAGGGAAGAUAUGGUGAACAGGCUUUUGGAAGCAAAUGGCUCAGAAUAUGAAAAUGCGCAGCAACACCAAAAUGGUGGAUACCAAGAUAGAACUUUCAAGUACCCUGAGCCUGUGCGUCUACCGGAUCCCAGUAGAUAUGUCCAACAAGAAACCCGACAACUGCGAAACCAUCAAGCAAAACAAAAUUCCCAGAAAAAUCCAAGGAACAAGAGUUGUAUAGUUGUGUUGAAAAUCCCCCCAACCGCUUUCCAAAGAAAUCCUCCUAGCGACCAUCAACAUCACUUGCUACCUCCACCAUCCCAGUCAGCAGCAGAUAUCCCAGAUUAUGGUGAUCAUGGUCAAAGCCCAGGGUACCAUCAACUGCCUUAUACACCACAAACAUCCGAAGGUAUGCCGGAUCUACGCAGCAGUUCUGGAACAUCCAAAAGCAAUGGCAAUAGAAGCAGCAACAGUGCGGUCAUCAAUGGUCACAUAAACCAUGCCAAUCCGCUCAACACCAAUCUUGAUAGGUACACUGACUCUAUGCAACGCCCUCUCACACCUGAAUCUUCGCCGCCAAGGGCCCCGCACGACCACAACCCCCAUCAUAAUAUGCAAGUUGUUGUAUUAUCAGACGAUAACGACGAAGACAAUGUACCAAACAACACCCGUGGACCUGCCCACCCGCUGCUGGAAUAUGCAAAACUACAUGAAUCGUGCGAGGCCGAAGACCCUCACCAAGACUCUCAGAGUUAUGAACAGGGAGUGCUCAGUGCAUGUUUUGGCCCAGACAACAAUGGGUUCGAUCCAACAGGAACCGCAGGGCUUCGCAUGGGUCCCGGAGUAGGACCCAGAAUGGAACCCGGAGCAGGGGGGGACACUGGUAGCGUGUAUGCGUCACGCGUGUUUACCUCAGUGCUUCGCGAGUACGCGCCGCAGGAACGGUUUGCAUUGUGCUCGGAGCUGGUGUACAAACCUUAUAGUGCAAACUUGCACCGCACGCUACAGCUAGUGGGCCAGGAUGCAGAUUUGAUUCGCGAGGUACUCAACUUAGUUCUGUUUAACAUGAAUUAUAACGGCGGGUGA